UGGCAAGACGACAAAACUUCAGUGCAAAGCUUUUAGUAAAGUACAUGUUGGUGUUGGUGCCAGCAGCUGUUCUCCUCACAGUCCUCCUGCAGAAAUACACCAUCCCAUUCAAAGAUGACUUGUGGCGUGCGUUAUCUGACGGCCUUCAGAAGUCUGGUCCGGCAUCCAGGGCGCCCUCUAAAGGACCGUGUGACAUGGUGAGAGAUUGUCCCGAUGAACACUUCAGCUUCUACGUGCGGAGCGGAGCCGCCAACGUCGUGGCUCCAAAGAUCUGCCUCCGAAACAAACUGGUUCUGGGAUCAGUCCUGAACAACGCCGGGCCGGGAAUCAACAUCGUUACAAUAAACGGUAAAACCGGAGACGUGGUGAAGACGGCUCACUUUGACAUGUACAGCGGCGAUGUUAAACCUCUGGUUGAGUUUCUGAAGAGCAUGGAGAAGGGUGCCGUGGUGCUGAUGGCGUCCUACGACGAUCCGUCCACCAAGUUGGAUGAGGAGGCCAGGAAGCUGAUUGCUGAGCUUGGAAGCUUGUCUGUGAAGUCUCUGGGCUUCAGAGAUAACUGGGUGUUUGUGGGGGGGAAAGGAGCAUCCGUGCACAGCAACUUUGAGAAGUACCAGAAGAACGACAGUACAAAGAAUAAAUAUGAAAACUGGCCCGAGCUCAUCGAAAUUCAGGGAUGCAUCCCCAAAUACCUGGACUGAGCCCCGUCUUCAUCCUAAAGGAACAUUCCUGCAGGAGGACCAGCGGAUAAGUUGACUGUAAAAAGACAUGGCGUUGUGUGUAAACUGAGCUGUGGACGGACCAGUUUCUGCAUCGUUAGAGACCACACGGAGAAACCACCUGAACUCUCUCUCACUGAGCUCUGACGGAUGUGCUGCAUCCAGCAGGAUCGUUCUGGAUCAUUAUAAUAACUCGGGGACUGUUAGGUGAUGGGAAACGAUUCAGAUUUUUUUUUUG